AUGGUGGAGCGGGGAGACGCGGCGCCGCUGCUGCGUUGGGCCGAGGGCCCCGCCGUCUCCCCGCCGCUGGCCCCGGCCCCGCAGGCUGGAGUCCGGGGCUGGGGCGGCGGCGGGGGCGGCCGGGCGGCCGCGGAGCCGCCGAGGAGGCGGGAGCCCGAGGAGCUGGGUCCCUCCCAGGUGCUGCUGCAGCCCGGGCGUCUGGAGCUGGGCGACGUGGAGGAGGACCAGGUGGUGGCCGUGUUCGUGGUCACCUUCGACCCCCGCUCAGGAAACAUGGUGGAAUGGUGCUUACCUCAAGACAUUGACCUUGAAGGCGUGGAGUUCAAGUCUAUGGCCAGUGGGUCCCAUAAAAUUCAGUCUGAUUUCAUCUAUUUCCGAAAGGGGCCCUUCUUUGGCCUGGCCUGCUUCGCCAACAUGCCUGUGGAAAGCGAGCUGGAGCGUGGCGCCCGGAUGAAGUCCGUGGGCAUCCUCUCUCCAUCCUACACCCUGCUGUACCGGUACAUGCACUUCCUGGAGAACCAAGUUCGACACCAGCUGGAGACACCGGGACAUUACUCUCAUCUGGCUGCAUUCUACGAGGACAAGAAGGGGGUGCUGCACGCCAGUCCGGGGAGAGGUGGCAGCCUGCCCCCUGUCUACUGGCUGCCUUCCAUCCACCGCUACAUGUACCCGGAGAUGAAGAUCACACACCCAGCUGGCUGCAUGUCUCAGUUUAUUAAGUUCUUUGGGGAACAGAUCCUCAUCCUUUGGAAAUUUGCCUUACUUCGAAAGCGCAUUUUGAUAUUUUCUCCCCCUCCUGUGGGCGUCGUAUGCUACAGAGUGUACUGCUGCUGCUGCCUGGCCAACGUCUCCCUGCCUGGCAUCGGGGGCACCGUUCCCGAGUCCAAGCCUUUCUUCUACGUGAACGUGGCCGACAUCGAGAGCCUGGAGGUAGAGGUGUCCUACGUGGCCUGCACCACCGAGAAGAUUUUUGAGGAGAAGCGGGAGCUGUACGACGUCUACGUGGACAACCAGAAUGUGAAGACGCACCACGACCACCUGCAGCCGCUGCUGAAGAUCAACAGUGCCGACCGGGAGAAGUACCGGCGGCUCAACGAGCAGAGGCAGAUGCUGUUGUAUUCCCAGGAGGUAGAAGAGGAUUAUAACCCUUGUGAAGAGGACCUCUUUGUGCUGUUUUUCCUAGAGCAAAACAAUCGGAUAUUUCAGACUUUGCUGGAGGUGUCCGCCAGUCAAGACAAAACUCUGACAGCUGAGCAUGCCCGGGGCAUGGGUCUAGACCCCCAAGGAGACCGGAGCUUUCUUAUGGACCUGCUGGAGGCCUACGGCAUCGAUGUCAUGUUGGUCAUUGACAACCCCUGUUGCCCAUAGGAAGGAUGAGUUCACCCAGGCCCCAGAUGGCCUGAUUUUUCAUUAAGUUGACACAAAGGAAUACUGUUUAUACUUCCAACAAAUGUAACUUUUGCAGCGCCUUCCCUCCCUUCCUCCCAAGAGGUAAGAUGAGAGCAUCUUGGUCUUGUAGGUCGUUGAAAGCUACCGCCUUCAGAGCUGCCGCCGGUUUGGUCUUAGGAGUUAUCAAAGCAGAUUCUCUCAUUGCUUUGUUGAGGGACUUGAGGAGAUGGGCGAAGACCGCGUAUCACCAGGCGCGGGCCGAGCUCUGGAGACGUGGGGCUGGACUGUUGAGAAAGUCUGUCUGGUCUUUGUCGCUUGACAUAUCAAGGAUAAGACAACUGUCUGUCCAGUGUGGCGUUGGAUGUCCACCUGCCUGAAGCAGAAGCUAGACCAGGUGGCUUUUCAAGGUUAUUUUCAUCAGUCUGGGAGUCUAGUCUUGGGAUCACAUCCCUUUUCCUGUUCAUUAGAGUAAAUCUGUGUUUUCUCUGUUCACGUAGGUAAGAGACUUCAAAGAGGGACCAAGGAUAUUUCUGUCACCAAGUGUGAGCUUCUCUCUAAGGACAGAUGACAGGGAGAGGUUGCUUCUCAGUCACCUGAGAACUAAAAUUGUAGAAUGAAGCCUUGAAAGCUUUCUCUGAGUAAGUUAAUGGUGGCCACUCCACGUAAUAGUCCGUUUUCUCUGAAUCCCCUCCUCUUGGGAUGGGCUGGCAGAUUCCUUCGGGCUGAUGUUAACAGGAGUGUGUACCAGUUUGGAGCUCUCGUAAACAGACUUCUCUUUAGCAGAGACGACAUUUGUCGAGCUGAGUAAUUGGGACCAGAGAUGUGCAGGUUUGUUAGAGAGCAAACGUGGCAGUCCCUCCACCCAGGAAAGUAGUUGGGAAACCUGAGUGUGGAUGAUGAGCUCCUCCGCUUUGCUCUGGAGCGUUCUGACCUGGGACAGCUCCUGUCGGCCCUGCCUGUUCUCUUUGGCUGGGGCGUUCGGUGGAUGCCAGCUUAGGUAAGACGGCCGCAGUCUGUCAGCCAGAGAAGCUAGCUCCUGGCGUAGCGUUUAGGUCUUUUUGUUGGUGACAAAUAACUUCUUGCCCUUUACCGUUCCUGCCUGGCUCUGUUAUUGGAACAGCCAUCAGUUAUAUCCAUGUCUGGGACCAAGUUCCAGCCAGGCAAAUGGACACAGCAGAGAGAAAUAACUUCCAAAUAGAUGGAUCCCAUGUCUUAUCUCAAGACUAGCUUUAUAGGGCUUAUUGCUUUAUUUAAAAAUAUUUUCACUGUAGCUCCUUGACAUGAAAUUCAAGACUAAAGAAAUUCACAUGUGGAAAUGCAAACAGACAUUGAUUAAUCAAGGUAGCAUCUUUUAUGUAAGUAUAUAAAUAAGUUUGGGCAUUGAAUUGUAAACUGUACAUUUUUCUCCCCUGUGGGUUUAGCCUUCGUUUCAGUAAUACAUAUGUUUACAAAAGAAAAAAAGAAUCUGUGUUUAGAAGCUGAAGCUUCACUGCCUUUUUCCUGGAAGAGUGACUGUCUCCUCUUGCCCCUCGAGAAGAAGUGGCCUUUCUAACUUGGGUCAAGUUAGGGUUACUUUUAUACUUUUAGUGGCAUCCAAAGGUUCAAGGCUUUCUAAGUUGGGGGUGGGUGGUCAGAAGUAGGGGCGGGCGUAAAAGGGAAGGUCAGAUUCUCGUGGAGGACGCAGGCAGACCCUCCUUCUGUGCAGCUGGGGAAUUUGUGGGGAGAACACACUCUUUUUAAGCACUUCUGCUCCGGAGACCUUCUGCGUGUGAACGCUUUUGUUUUUGUGGUAUUGUAACUCCAAGCUCAGACGUGCUGAUGUAAAGGUAGCAGGAUGAAGAUGAGAUGCCUGUAUUUCCCUCUGAAUGGUGGGCCCAGGCUUCUGUGCUCCUUUUAGCUCCCUGCCGUCCUAGGCAGCUGUCCAUCUGGCAUCUGUGUCCCCCCGAUGCUCACGCAGAGGUCUGGGCUGGGGGUGGUCCUGGGAGGGGGGCACCCAUG